AUGGAAACGGAAACUCUUAGACCCGAAGUCAAAGUCAAAACGUUAGUGGAUAAUCUACCGACAAUCGCGGGGGCUACGAACACAGUCUUAAUCUUUCUAAAGGAAGUGAUCCAUGAAGAAUCUGGAACGGUAAGAGUGUCAGAAUUCGAUCACAUCCGCUUGAAUCCACAUGGCGGCUUCACACCAGAUCAUCUCUAUCGGCUACUUCGUGGUCAACAAGUUCCUUUUUCUCAAAGCUUAGGCGUAGCAAUCGCUAGUGAUAUCGAUGCUAAACUUGCUAGAGAUAAUCUCCUUCGAGAACCUCUUUUCGUGACCGUUCAUGUCAAGUUCAUCAAAAAGAGGCGUUUGAUUUUGCCGCCGCCGCCGCCACCGCCUGUUCUUCCUGCUCCGUCGAGAGGUGCUUCGAGGGAAGUUUUGCAGAGGUUAGCGAAAGAACAGAGAGUUGAACCGAUGGAUUUGGGAGAAGAAAGUGAAAGUGAUAAUCAGUGUUCGAUUUGUUUUGAGGAUUGGUACAAGUGUUAUAAGAAGAACAUCAUCGAGAUGCCUCAAUGCCUACAUAUGUUUCAUCAACAAUGUCUCUUCGAGUGGCUUCGUCGGCAAAACUCGUGUCCCUUGUGUCGAAGUGUUCCGUAUGAAUAA